CCCUGUCGCAGUUGUCAGCCUGAACGAACACUCCCAAAGUCCGGGCAGCCUAUAACAUAAGUUUGAGCAGCAGGCGAUUGCUCAGUCGACAGCAUACCGGCAACGGAAGCGAAGCUCAUCAUGGUGCAGAUAUCGCAGACCGAGGAGGACAUCAAAAUUUCCAUUGAACUGAACCGUCUGGUGACACGCAAGCCGGACGUUGUCCUGCUGCCCCAGUACUUAAAGUUCAACAAUCCACCAAUAUUCUUUGAGCGUCAUCUGGCCCAAGAGAUCGACGAGAUGGCCAGCUUUUGCCGCAUCUUCAAGAACGAGGCCCGCAUCGUGCUGGUGAAGAAGGAGAAAGGCGUUUGGCCAGAGAUGUUUCAGAAGCUGGACAAGGAGGCGCUCAUGAAGAAGCGCCUGGAAAUCGCCGAUCUCAUCGUGGAGCGCAACAAGCAGCGCGAUCAGCAGGCCAUGGAGCGAUACGACAACAAGCGUCGCGCCGAAAUCUCAAAGGAAAUCAAGCGCGAGACAGAAAUGAAGGAUCGCGUCAAACAGUUCCAGGAUAAUGCACGUCGCGAGGCGCUCGUCGUGGAUGUACGAAAGGAGACAUCCACAAAAACUCUCAGUCCCCCCACAAACGCCUCCUACCAACAACAACCACCACCCCCAGUGGCAGCUGCUGCUCGUCUGUCCACGCCACUGAUGCGUCCACCAAUGUCCGCUGUCCGUGGCAGCGGGCGCAUCAGUGUGAGUUUCACCAAUGAACACAAGCGAGUUACUCCCAAGCGCGAGUCCCAGACAGACAUACAGAAGGCCUUUGCUGCUGCAGGCAAACCCACUGACCCGUCAAUGAAGUCUCCCAUGGAUACUCUCGAUGAAUGAAUAUUACCGCCGAAAAACACACCAUCAGCUAUUCCCGUGUGCAUGCGUGUGUGUGUUGUGUUAGCCUGUGCAAAAAUACCGUUUCCUAUUUUCCCAACACUAAAAAUGUAUUGUAUGCACAGUUAGUUCUUUAAUUAAACUAAAUUUUCGAAUACCUUUAUUUAACAAA